AAUAGAUACAACUGUCUACAGUAGUACAGUAUUGGGAUACUGUAUAUAAUAUUACUAUUUGAAUACUCUAAAACCUUGAAAAGAGGCCUAAUAUAUCUCACAAUAAAAUGAUUGGUAGAAAAUAAAUACUGUGCUGUAAUUUUUAUUUUAUAUGAUAAAAUAUCUGAUUGAUUGCAGAACUCACAACAUCCGCCUGUUUUUUUUCGGCGAUUACGACUUUCUUUGUCGAAUUUAUGGACUUGUGGGACCAAAUGGAAAGUACAGUUGCAUUUAUUGUUACUCAAACCAAGACGAUAUCAGGACAAAUGAAAAGCCAUCAGGCGAAAGAUGCCUUACUUCUUAUAACAAAGAUUAUAAGUGCUUUGUUGAUCAUGGCAGUGACCCCAAAAAAAGUAAACUUGUGUCCCACAGUGUAAUCAGGCCUUAUAUGGUAGAUAUUGAGUUAAACAGGGUGUCAAUACCAGCACUUCAUAUAUCACUUGGUCUUUUCAAAAAGAUGUACGACAUGCUGGAGAAAGACAUGCACAAUGUAGACCUGAUAAUCUUUAAUAUGAGACAGGAGGAUGCUUCUAUCCCAAUUGGCGAGCAUCUGGCAGAUUUUGAAACAAAAAUCGUAGAAUCAGCAGCAAAUCGUAGUGCUUGUGCCGAUAAAAUCAGUUCUAUAAAUGAGGAACUAGAUGAAUUACGAGAUGCACUCUCUCAGUUUCUUGUAAAGCAUGAUGAUGCUGAUAAAAUUUCCAAGCUUGGGCACCAGAUAAACCUGAAAGAACAGGAAGUUAAUGACUUGCAAACUGCUAUGAACAAGGAUUUAAAAUAUGGAAGUGGGCCUUUAUGCACACAAAUGGAUGAAGUUCUUAGAAAAAGCAAAAUUCCAAGGCAAGCGUAUCAUGGAAAGAGCUUUGUCGGCAACCAUGUGUAUCGAGCAUGUAAAUUUAAUAUUAUAGACAAGCUUAUGGAUAGUGUAGAAAUUACACUAAAGCAGCAGAUGCAUCAAUGCCCUGCUAGCCACAAGAAACUUUUGGAGAUCAAAUUGAAAAAGAUAAGAGAAUCCUUUACUCCUGUGUUUAAGUUGUUUAGUGAUGUACAUGCCUGUAUAAAUCAUACAAGAUGCAUUGAUGAUUCAGAAAUAGAUGCAUAUGAAAAUUCUAUAAAGAUAUUCUCCAGAGAGUACAGGAGAAUUGCCCCUGGAGUUGUUCAACCCAAACUCCAUAUGCUUGAACAUCACGCAAUACCUUUUAUGCGGGAAUGGAAUGUAGGAAUCGGAUUACUGGCAGAACAAGGUGGCGAACUGAUACACGCCGAGUUCAAUAGACGGAAAAGGGCUGUGUAUGGGAUGAAAAGUAAUCUGGAACAGCUAAUGUCCAUUAUGAAGGCACAUUUAACAUUCACAUCACCUGAAAUUCAACAAGAAGUAUAG